AUGGUGCUUCUGGUCGAUGGGGGACGCGCCGCCCGCCUGCAUGGACGGUCCCCCAUCUUGAGGAUCAAUGGUCCCCCCACUGUGGGGCUGCGGGCACAGCGGAGGCUCCCCGAGGCUCGGGCCCAGCGAGAGGCGGCCUACCCACCCCCCGCCGGCUGUGGCGGGCAAGACUGGGCCACGUCCCCCGUUUAUAGAAGCAGAGACCAAGGCUCGGAGGCGCUCCGCAGCUGCCCAGCUCCUCGGCGCGCUCUCCUGGGCUCAGCCGCACCUCUGCCCCCGCCCCACAGGGACCACGGUCCUGUGGCCCUGGCCCUCGUCCCAGCAGCCACACUGGAGGAAGAAGCCCUCUGCUCCUCACUGACCGGCGGUAACGGCAGACAUGAUCAGCGGCCAGUGGCCCUCACUUUGGGCAGCGUAGGCCUGAGGGUGCCCAGAGGGCAGUCGGCCCUGGAUGCCCGUCUUGCCUACCCCGGGGCCCUAUGUGCUGAGGGACACGGGGCAUUCACACAACCCCACUACAUGGGCUGCGGUGCCAGGCCGCUGGAGGGCAGGCCCCCGAGGGCGGCCAGGACCGGAUCCCCAGUCGACCCAGACGGACGUGGGCGCAAUCAAGACCUCGCCUCUCGAUUCGGCUCAGCCGGGGCUCCCCCACCCCGGAGCCCAGCCCACAGGGAGGCCGCGGACAUGGCCCCCGGGAGCGGCUUAGCCGCGGUUCCCCGGGUCAGUGUCAGCCCAGCCCCAGCCCGGUAG